UUCCACCACAACGCCUAUUCUCGCACGCCGGUUAUGUGAUGUUUAGUUAAUACACGUUCAUCGGUUCGAUUAGUUUGUAUGUGUUACAGAAUAAUAAUAUAACAGUCUGCCAGUUGUAGCUCCGUAUGCUAUAUUCGUUUUGUAAUCAUCUACGUGAUAUUCUGUGUUUUAAAUAACCGCUAUGGCACCGAAAAACACGGUUUUAAACUUGCAGUACAAUGAAAUGUGGAACGACUGGGACGGUUUGGCUGAGGAUCAGAAACCGAUGCAAUACGUGCACGGUCGACUGGUGUUGUCUUGGAAAAGACUAAAUGUGUCGGUGAAACGAGUCACGCAAAACUUUUUUAAGCCCUCGAAGACAUCCUACCAACAGAUAUUGAACAACGUCAGUGGAAACGUACAAUGUGGAAACCUUCUAGGAAUAAUGGGACCUAGUGGUUCAGGAAAAACAACAUUACUGGCUACCAUAAGUCACCGAACCAAAGGGAAUUUCGAAGGUGAAUUGUUACUUAAUGGACAACCCGUAACCGAAGAAAUGAUGAUCAAAAUGUCCGGAUUCGUACCACAACACGACAUUAGCUUCGAACAGUUAACAGCUUUAGAACACUUGGUUCUGAUGGCCAAUUUGAAAAUGGAUCGGAAUACGACUAAAGCAGCUGUAAACGAACAUGUGAAUUAUAUAGUCUCUACGUUAGGUAUGAGUAAACUGUUGCACACAAGAAUAUCAGUACUGUCCGGCGGAGAAAGGAAGAAAGUUGCACUUGCCGUUCAAUUACUAAACGACCCACCAAUACUGUUCUGUGAUGAAAUAACAACUGGUCUGGACAGUUACUCGGCUGCUCACAUAGUAAAUACUUUGAGAUGUGUCGCACGUAUGGGUAAAAUCGUGAUAUGCACGAUUCAUCAACCGGCGUCUGGUGUUUUCGGAAAAUUCGAUGACGUAUUAUUGUUAUCAAGCGGAAAAGUGGUGUAUCAGGGUCCCGUUUCUAUGGUCCAUCAGUUAUUUCAUAAGUUUAGUUAUGAUUGCCCGAAUAUGUUCAACGAAGCUGAUUUUAUAAUAUCUAUUCUGAAUUCCGAAAAUGAAAAGGUGAAAGAUAACGUAAACGAAAUGUGUAAGUUAUCCUCAUCUGACUUACAAACAGAUCUCAACUACGAAAUUUUUAAUAAUCAAAAAAAAUUGGAUUAUUUGCAGUAUUCACAAACAAAAAAGCCAACAUGGAAUACUCAGUUUAGAUUGAUUUUGGGCAGAUCUAGUAAAUGUUUCGUAAGAAGUUACCAAAAUAAACUACUGGAAUUGGCAUCUACAUUGUGCUUAAGUUUUCUAAUGUCAGCUCCGUUUGGAAACUUGCGAUUUGAUACGAAAGCAGUACAAAACUGGGAAGGUUUUUGGUUAAACUUCGUUACUACCUCCGUGUUUACUUUCGCUUAUUCUGCUGUUACAAAAUUUCAAGAAAGAUUUUCAGUGGUUCACCGAGAAAUUCACAAUGAAGUAUACUCGUUAAGUGUAUAUUAUGUUUCCGAAUUAAUAAUUGCGGUUGUUUGGAUAAUGAUACGGCUCUCAUUUCUUCUUAUACCUGCAUUUUACCUUGUUGGCGUUCAUUGGAGUGUUAUGCAGUUUGUAGUAUUUUUCAUAUUGUCAUUCGCAGCAUUUUCAUACGGAAUAUUUUUCAAUUACUCUAUUGUGAUUUUUGAGUGUAAUAACUAAAGUCAGUGAAUUGUGAUUUCUAUGAUCAUAUUUAUUUAUUUUAUUUACAUAAUAUUUUUUAAUUAUAGGACUUUACCAAAAUUUUUAUACAUUGUAAGAUACUUUUCGUUAUUCUACCUUGGUUGCGAAACAAUAUCUACUUUAUUUUGGUCCAAAAUAAAAUAUCUACCUUGUACUGAUGUUUCUAAUUGUCUAGACAGCGGGGAAGCCGUUUUAAACAAAUAUGGUUAUGCAAGUGAUGAUUUUUAUUUGGAUCUGAUAAUAUUAAUAUUGUUCAUUAUAGUAGCAAAUGUUUUGGGUUUUUUUGGAGUGUUAAAUAAGUUGAAAGAACAACCUGCUUAUUAAAAUACUUGAAGUUGCCUCUGGUAAAACUAUAUUCAAAUUUUAUUUUUGUCUAAG